GCAGCAAGCGAUUCUUCUCUUCUCUUUUUUAUUCAUCCCGUCUCUCAUUCGCUGCCCCUACAUAUAGACCCUCCUCCGCCUUGUCUCACAGGCUCAUAGGCGCUGAGUGUAUGGGGAUGAUCGGACGGCCGCUCCUUGCAGCGGGCUCCAGCAGCAGCAGGAUAGUGUCUAUCCCCACCAUUCCCUCCCCUGUUUACCCUGCCCUGUCAAGCCCACUCUGAGGCUGAUCAAAGGAUGAGCGACCAGGGCAAAGGCUCUGGGUCCACCACCGCUGGAACGCCAGCCCCGGGCUCGGAUACUUACAAAGGCUGGUUAUUUAAAUGGACUAACUAUCUGAAAGGAUAUCAACGCAGAUGGUUUGUGCUCAGCAAUGGACUUCUCUCCUAUUACAGGACGCAGGCGGAGAUGGCCCACACGUGCCGGGGCACCAUCAACCUGGCCACGGCGCACAUCGACACGGAGGACGCCUGCAACAUCGUGCUGAGCAGCGGGGGGCGCACCUACCACCUGAAGGCCAGCACCGAGGUGGAGCGCCAGCGCUGGGUCACUGCCCUGGAGCUGGCCAAGGCCAAGGCCAUACGCAUGAUGAACAACCAGUCCGAUGACUCGGGGGACGAGGAGCCGACGUCGCAGUCGGAGCGCAGCGAGAUCCAGGGCACGCUGAAGACACUGGCCAGCAAGCUGGACGAUCUGAGCACGUGCAACGACCUGAUCGCCAAGCACGGGGCGGCGCUGCAGCGCUCGCUCAGCGAGCUCGAGACCCUGCGCACGCCCAGUGACGGUGGAGAGAAGAUCAAGGCUGUCAACGAGCGCGCCACCCUCUUCCGCAUCACCUCCAAUGCUAUGAUCAAUGCGUGUCGAGACUUUCUGGACCUAGCGGAGAGCCACAGCCGGCGAUGGCAGCGUGUGCUGCAGUAUGAGCGCGAGCAGCGGACUCACCUGGAGGAGACCAUCGAGCAGCUAGCCAAGCAGCACAACAGCCUGGAGAGAGCCUGGAGAGAAGCCCCCUCGAUAGGCAGCAACACGCCUGAUACACCUACUGCGGAGCAGGUAGGGGAGAGGCAUCAGAAAGAGGAGGCGAGUGAUGAAGAUGAGGAUACGGAGUACUUUGAUGCCAUGGAGGACUCACCCGCUUUCAUCACAGUAACUACCACCGACCACACACAGCACAGACGUUCUCAGAGUAACCUGAGUGGAGCCAGUGGAGGCCAGGCCAACGACUGGAACCAGGAGGAGCAUACGAUGUCUCCAAGUUGUAAUGACCUGGCUGGUAGGGAGCUGCAGCCUUGCCGAAGGAGGCGGAGUCACAUCCCAGAUAAGCCCAACUACUCACUCAACCUCUGGAGCAUUAUGAAGACCUGCAUUGGCAAGGAGCUCUCCAAGAUACCCAUGCCAGUGAACUUCAACGAGCCCCUCUCUAUGCUGCAGCGUCUGACGGAGGAUCUGGAGUACCACGAGCUGCUAGACAAGGCGGCUCAGUGCUCCUCCUCUCUGGAGCAGAUGAGUCUGGUGGCUGCCUUCAGCGUCUCCUCCUACUCCACCACUGUCCACCGCACCGCCAAGCCCUUCAACCCGCUCUUGGGGGAGACCUUCGAGCUGGACCGGCUGCAGGACUAUGGCUACCGCUCGCUGUGUGAGCAGGUAAGCCAUCACCCCCCGGCGGCAGCCCACCAUGUCAUGUCACAGCGUGGCUGGACCCUGUGGCAGGACAUCACCAUCGCCAGCAAGUUCCGCGGCAAAUACCUCUCCAUCCACCCUCUGGGUGCCAUCCACCUGACGUUCCAUGCCAGUGGGCACCACUAUGUGUGGAGGAAAGUCACCUCCACAGUGCACAAUAUCAUCGUGGGGAAGCUCUGGAUAGAUCAGUCAGGGGACAUAGACAUAGUGAACCACACGACUAAGGAGACCUGCCAGCUCAAGUUCUCCCCCUACAGCUACUUCUCCAGGGAAGUGCCACGCAAGGUGACGGGGGUGGUGACGGACAGUGAGGGCCAGGCGCACUACAUCCUGUCGGGCACAUGGGACGAGAAGAUGGAGAGUGCCAAGAUCGUGCACAGCAGCCGCGGGGGACCGGGUGCCGAGGGCAAGCAGAAGACUGUGUAUCAGACGCUCAGCCCCAAGCUCUUAUGGAAGAAGUACCCGCUACCGGAGAAUGCGGAGAACAUGUACUAUUUUUCGGCGCUGGCGCUGACGCUGAACGAACUGGAGGAGGGCGUGAGCCUGACGGACAGCCGGCUGCGACCCGACCAGAGGCUCAUGGAGGCCGGCCGCUGGGACGAGGCCAACACUGAGAAGCAGAGGCUGGAGGAGAAACAGAGAGCCGCGCGGAGGAGGAGAGAGGCAGAGGUCACAGAGGCACAGGAGGAAGAGUGUGACUUUGACGCUGGUCAUGAGUUCGAGGCCUACCAGCCCCUGUGGUUCACCAAGGAGACGGAUGCCAUCACAGGGGAUACCACCUUUGUCUACAAGGGAGGCUACUGGGAGGCCAAAGACCGGGAGGACUGGAGUGUGUGUCCAAACAUUUUCUGAUCCACACUCACCACACACACACACACACACACACACACACACACACACACCCUUCCUUGCCCUGCCCUGUGCCAUCGAGGAGAGUGCUCUGAACAUCAUCCCCUGCUUCUGCUGCUGAAUCCCCCAAGAUACCUCAUAUCAUAACUUGUACCGUAUAAGAGUGUCACAAAUGCACACAAAUAGGUCAGGGGCCCCUCCACAGCCAAGGAGGAGCCUCACCCACCACACCCCUGAACUUCUACCAGCUCUCAUCCUUGAACAUAUCCACUGUGGCCCCCAAAUGCACACAAGCCUGGAGCACCGCACACCAGCCCUGCAGUACCCCAUAGUCCCCCUGCUAAUACUCUAAGUCCCCCAAAAAAACCCAUCUUACAAAAACCCACCUCAGUUAACAUGUAAUUCCCUGACCCUGCUGCACACCACCUCCAUCAGGCACCUCUGUGUAUCUUCUAUGACCACAAACACGUAACCCUACAGUAGCACUAAACUACUGAGCAGCAUAUCGUCUGUGAUCCCAAGUACUCAAAACACUGAUAAUAGCCCCUGUGGUCCCAGACAUCCAAACCUGCAGCACCUCAAACCACUUUGGUCCCAAGCACGCAACCCGGCAGUACCCCAAACUACUGAGCAGCAUAUCCUUUGUGGCCCUGAGCACACAACCCUGCAGCACCCCAAAACCACUGAGAAUAUCCCCUCUGGUCCCAAGCACACAACCCAGCAAUACCCCAAACCACUGAGCACCAUAUGCUUUGUGGCCUCAAGUACCCAACUCUGCAGCACCCCAAACCAUGGGGCAGCAUAUCAUCUGUGGCCCCACAUAUACAACCCUGCAGCACCCCACAACACAACCCUGAGCACAUCCUCCAGUCGUGACAUCAUAAGGUGCUCUCAUCAUGGCUGCUGGUACCUCCACACCUUUCCAAAGGUUGGACGGCAUGUUUGGGCGUGACUCACCUUUCCCACAGGUGUAACGGACCUCUGGACUGCUCAUCGGGUCGUGUGUCUGACCUUGAUGUGGUCCACCGUGCUGCAGUUCGCUGUGAGGUUGUUUCUUCUUGUUUGUAGACUAUACUGGUUUAGACUACUUUGACUUGGUCUCCUCCUCUGGCCUGGUUGCUAGAUGGGAGAGAUUAACUAAAACCUAAGGACCUGUACACAAAGAUUUAAGAGAUAUCUAUAUAGAUAUCUAUAUAUUAUAAACUUUGUAUCCUGUUUUUAGUUUUCUUUGACUUCAUUAUUUUUUCACAUAUUCACAACUCAGAGAAUGUGCAAAUCUAUCGGUAGCUGAAUCAUCUGGAUGGACAGAAACGCAGGUGUGAUUUGGUUUGGCGUGUGUGUGUGUGCGUGUGAUGGAGAAAAUGGCAAUGGUAGAUUGAGAGCCUAUAUACUGUAUACUGACUACUUAAGACACUUGUAGGUGAAGGUUGAAUGGUUUGAGUUUGAGUUUCCAACCCCUUUUUUUCCUUCAUAGUUGCCCACUGAAAUGUUGAAUCACAUCCAUCAAGUCCAUCCCACAGAGUCCUAAAAGAUAUUCACAAAGGCUGAAGACACAGUCGGAUUGACCUCAGCCAACCCACUACUCUCAUUUUCAGUCAUAGAAAUGUCCACACUGAUGUAUCUUGACAAAGGCCUAAUGUAAGACCUAUUCAGAUACAGCCCAGUUAACUUGUCAGUGGCUUGCCCAAACUGUCCUUUUAUUGACCUUAAUCAUCAUUUGCGUUUCCUCUCAGGGUGCCAGCUGUGGGUUUAACUGCACAAUUGAAUAUUCUUGUUUGUUUGGUCAAUGAUGAAGGCGUCAGUUUUGAAAUGAUCUACCCUUUUAACACAUAGCUAUCAUAAUUUGCUUUUAUUACACCCCGAUUAAGGCAAAUGCAAAUCUAUCCAUUAAAGGCCCUUAGGUGAAGAGUAAGUGAAGAUUGUGAUUGACUGGUUUGCAUAGUUAAGUAAGUUUCAUACGUUUCAGAGAAUGAAUAUUAUGUUGUUGCUUUGAAAAAGAUUGACAGAGAAUUUGAUGUGACAGAAUACAGAAUAACGAGGAGACAACUCUCCAACUCACCAGCCACCCAUCCAACCGGUCAGGAAGAAUGCAUUCACCGACUGUGAAUAAAACAAAUCAAUUUCCAACAAUCUCAAGCAACUUGCCCAAACUUUAAUUUGUUCAAACCUGCCCAAGGUUCAAGCCAGGAAAGCAGUGUGUUCAGUGUGUUUUAGAGAGAUAUUUUCUCCAAAUCAAAAGUGAUCAUGUUUCCGUACUGGUGUUAGGAUUUUUAGAUUCUAAUCUGGUCAGAUGAGCUGUAGCUGCCGUCUGUUCCUGUGUGAAUUUUGUUUUUGUUUUUUGGGGGUUUUUUUGUGACGCGAUAUCUUUUAACAAAUAAUUGUUAACAUUGAUGCUUUGGCUAAAUAAUAAUGCUUUGACUACUGUGAAGAGCUAACAGGGAGUAGUUACUGAAGGUUUCACCAUAAAUGUGACCCAAACGUGUUCUUUUUGUUCAAUAUUGUAGCUGCUGAAGGUAUUGGUGACGUCAGAUGUGUAAUGUAUUUUUUUUCUCCUGAAGCCACUGAUUCGAAAUUGACAAGCUACUUUUAGUGUUUUUUUUUUAUUCAAUUCACCAUCUACAACCAGUACUGUGUUGUAUUGUCCCUUCGUGUGGCCUUGUUCAAAUGUUUUGAGUUGAAUCAGUUAUUUACCUGCAACUUCCAAAAGAGUAUUCUGUUGUACGAAGCACUUUGAAACCAGGUGUAAGGGGAGGAGCAACUCAUAUGAAUUACGUCUCCAUUAUCCACGUUUUAUAUCUUGGUUGCCCCACAGAAACGUCACAUCUGGGGUAGUGUAGAUGAUUGUAUGAAGAUGGUGACUGAUGAUCAUUUACUAAUUUGUGUGAUGAUUACGGUGGUUGUGAUUAUGAAGAUUACACUGAUGAUUAUGAUGUUGAUGAUGAAGAGUGUCGAUGAUGAGGAAUAAUACAACAUCCUAUCUUCCAUCGUGGCCAAUGGACAUAUCUGUUGAGACAUUUCCGACCCAUGCACAUUGUUUUGCCUGACAUGUUUGAUCGCUGUAUUGUUUUGUUGUUGUUUUUUUCUCUUUUGUACUUUUCUAUCGCUUUCAGUGGCUUCUUCAAACACAUAUCACAUCACCAUUUCGUGUCAGCACAUGGACAUACAGUAUUUACAAACCCAGCUGACGUUCACACUUCACGCCCAACUAGUUACACCAAAAAGCACACAUCCACCAUCCAUUGUUUUCCGUGUACCUCAGAAGCAUAUGCAUACAGUACUGAAAAUAGAAGCAUAUCAAGGUUUUAAAAUAGUAUGACAAAACUGCUGUUAGAGCCAUCUCAAGUACUCCUCGUAUAGAAACACAAAACUGAGUGCUUAUUUACCAAUACAUUGUUGGUCUUAUAAUGUUCAAUCUACUAUAUAGUAAUGGUGUUAUGGCACUAUAACACUAAAUUAAUCAUAUUAUGUGUAUAAUUUCCAAUGGUUUAGAGGCCAAUGCUUGGCUCUUGCCUUUACAACACCACUAAAACACUUAGCACCCAUGCUAGAGAUGUUUAUUUUUAGUCAUAUAGAGAGUGAAGACAAGAAGUUAUUUUUAUGUUUGCAGAGUAAUAUAUGAGAGAAGACAUAUAACAUUAGCUCAUUAGUUCACUUCUGUGUGUGUGUGUGUGUGUGCGUGUGCGUGUGCGUGUGCAUGUGCGUGCGCCUGCUUGUUUGUGUGAGACUGUCUGUCUAUCUGUGCUUUUAGCAAUAAUCAUUCCACGGCACAUUGUAAUUGGUGGGAUGGGAUACCUGACUUACCUGCUUGAGAGAGGAGACUAGAUGGGGACAACCAAAGCCUCUGCUAAGGUUUAGUCAUUCGCUGAAACAACCACACAAGACUUUUAAUACCUUCCUUCCCUGUGUGAGACUUAGACAUCUUAUUACUUCACUUUUUUUGUUUUGCCUUUACCCUUUUUACCCCCAUGUGCACUUAACCCCUCUGAUUUCUGGUUUUCAUUUUUGUGUUCUCUCAUCAUCUAUGUUGUAUCACAGCGUGCCAUUGUCUACCUUUGUAAGACCAUGUAAAUAUGUGCUCGUACGUGUGCUACACACGCUGUCUUCAGUGUGUAUUUACAGUAUUUCACCAAACUCUCCCCACACACAAUUCAAGAUCCACCAUAUUUUUUCUGUCGAAAUGGGCUACUUGUGGUAAUGAGCAACAAGUAGUCUGCCGCCAUAACCCUAAUAACCCCUCUCCUGAUCCAGGAGCGGGUUGUAGCCCAGCUCUACGGAUAGGCCGUGUCGAGAGCACGCGUGUUACAGAUAGGCCGGAGUUGUUAUGAAGAUGAGGCCUGUGGUUAUGUGUUGGCCUUGUCCGAAUUGACUCUCAUUCGGUAGCUAGCCACAACUUACAUCAUUCUGACACUUCACUCACUCACUCGAUCACCUGCCAGUUUGCCUUCUCUCUCUCUUUCUCUCUCUCUCUCUCUCUCUCUCUCUCUCUCUCUCUCUCUCUCUCUCUCUCUCUCUCAAUUCUCUUGCUCUUUCAGUUUUUGUCUCUCUUUUUUUUAAUCAUCUUUAUUUUCCACCACUAAUUUAUGCAGCAAUGUUGUCUUGAGACUGACACAAUGAAACA